AUGCCACCACCCAAUAAGCCUCGUCGUCGAAAUUCUCUUGUUGGUCAAUGGGAUACAACUACUAAAGUUAUCAAUGUUAAACAAAAAUUUUAUUCCUCUCCUGAUAAAUAUACUGAACAACAAAUAGCAACGUUUACAAAAUGGGUUAAUAUCCAAUUAUGCACAAUCCAUGUUGAUGCUGAAACAGCCGAAAAGAUCCCUGAAAUUAAAGCAAUCGACAAAGAUUUUAGAGACGGUAAAAGAUUUAUUCAAUUGCUUCAUGUUCUGUAUGAGAAUGAUCCUGACUUGCCAAAGCCUGAACGUGGUAGAACAAGACAUCAUUAUGUGGCUAACGUUGGCAAAGUCAUACAAUUUCUACAAAAUAAGUUGGACGAUUCAGGUUUAGCUGCUUUACAGGCUAUUGGUCCUGUGGAUAUAGUUGAUGGAAAUGUUAAAUUGACUCUUGGUUUAAUUUGGUUGAUGAUUUCAAAAUUUCACCAAAUGGUCGGUACAUUUGACAUGACAGAAGAACAACUAGCUGAAGCUGAAACUAAUUUAUCUAAAGAGAAUGUCAAAAAAGGAAGUCCUGACACUUGGUUGGAUAAUCUUGUUGAACAAUCAAUUGGACCUUCAACUAAAACAACGUCAGAUACUUUAGCAAGUAUUCAGAGCAAUUUUUCUGGAAUUAAUCAACUUGAUUCACCUUUAGAAUCUGAAGAGUAUUAUGAUGAGCCGGAAUUCAUUAAUAAUUCGCACGAGCAAGAAUCAUCUGAUCAUGAUAAGAAAGAAUCAUACGAAUCUCUUCAUGAUAAACAGGAAUCAUAUGAUUCACUCCAUGAUAAACAAGUUUCCUCCGACGAUCAACAGACUCGAUCAGAUGUUCAAACUGAUCAAAAAGAUUCAUCAAUUGUAUCCCAAUCGCCACCUACAGUCAUUCAACAAGCUAAUGACAAAGGGAAAUCACCAGCAGAUACACCUACAAAACGCGUGUUUUCUUCGCGUUUAACAUCUGAACAACAAAAAGCAAAUGCUGAUAAACGUUUAUCACUUCCUCCGGAUAGUUUUCUGAGAGGUUCACUUAACAAGAAAGUUCUUCCUCCGCCAAGAAGAUUUAAAACUCUUCGAUUAAGCUCGACUCCUACGAGUUCUUCAUCUGGUUUAUUAUUUUGGAUUAAUAUGCAACUUAUUGAUUAUGCAUCAGUUCUACCUACUACCUCAUAUCCUGUUGAAGGUUUUAUUGGAUUGAAUGAUGGUAUUUUACUGGCUACAUUAAUACAUCAUAAAAAUAGUGAAUGGAUUGAAGAUUUUGAUGAGUUAAUCAAAGAUGGUGCAUCUGAUGAUAAUGAAAAAAUAAUAAAACAAAGAUUAACAAGGUGCUUUUCAAUAUUAGAAGAGAAAUUAGGAAUGCAAAAACCUAAGGAGUUGAUAUCAAUUUUAAUAGAGAGUGAUCAUAAGAAUAAAAUUCGUCUCAAAAGGACAGAGCUAAUGUGGAAUGCAUAUAUAUCGGAUAUAUUUUUAGCAAUGUCCGAAAACCGUAAAAAGAAGUAUGCCAUGAGAAACUCCGUGAGAAAUUCCAUAAGAUUGAAGCAUAUAAAAAGGAGUACGCAGAUCAAUGAAAAAUAUGAUAAGGAGAAGAGCAGGAAAAAAUUGCGUGGAUGUAUUCCUUCUUUCGGAAGUAGCCGCAAUAUUUCGCCAAUGCCGCCAUGGUCGCCAAAAGCCUCAGUAAUUACGGCGUUGUUCGAAUGGACUAUUGGUUGGCUGUUAAAUGAUCCAGAAUCCGAGGAUGAUAGUGAUUUUGACAAGGAUGAUAAACAACGCGAUCGUGAGAUGAAAACUAUUAAAAUUGGCAAGAGAAGAUCUGAUGGUACUUGGAAUAUUCAAAAGGCCAAUGAGUGGAAGAGAAAAAGUGAAUCGUUAAGCGAUAAUGACGAUAUUCCAAUACAAUUAUUGGCUAAUUCACAAUCAGCUCUUCAUCAUAUGUAUUAUUGGGGUUAA